AUGAGUGCAGCCCUAGCCACUACUCAGCCCGCCCACCCGGCUCAUCUCGACGAUGAGAUCAUGGCUCUCGCCCUGCAGCUCGAGGAAAUCGACAUCCAUUCCAAAGGCCAGAAGGGUAAGCAUAAAGCUUGUAGCCCACCGGACAUUGAUGUGGCCUUUUCGGCAUUCCAAGCAGAGCUCCAGCAAGCUAUUGGAUUGUUGGAAGAUCUCAAAUGCGCUCAUAGUAUCGCCCUAGCCGUGGAUACGGAUUCCCAACUCAUCAGAGAGAUCGCCCAGGAAGAAGCUCAGGGAGAAAGAGAUAGACGUCUAGCGCUACAACUUAGUGGGCAGAACCCGGAUCUGGCUCUGGACGCCCCACCUCCUUAUGAAGAGGGAUCACAGGAGGACGACGCCGGCCCUUCCAUGACCUACGCCGAGAGGCAGCGCACCGUAUUGGAAAAGCUUCCACUUCGCUCUCGCGAUAAGUGGUUGCAGUGCAUCGCUUGCAUCGACAAAUUUCCGCCCCACGAGAUCGUUCAUGCUCCAUGUGGAACUAUCUACUGCACCGAUUGCAUGAAGACACUCUUCAUGAAAUCUGCCAAGGACCAAAGCUUGUAUCCGCCAAGCUGCCAUCGUCAGGAGAUCCCUCUGACCUUAAUUGCGUGGAAAAUGUCAUCGGAGGAGCUGGCUCAAUUCAACACAGCCGCUAUCGAGUUCUCCACGUUGGAUAGGACUUACUGUAGCAAUCUCCCAUGCGGAAAGUUUAUUUCUCCGGACCACAUUGUGGCAGGUCGGGCCACAUGCGAACAUUGUGGGGAAGAAACCUGCGCAUAUUGCAAGCACGGCUCUCAUACAGGUGAUUGUCCUGAAGAUCGUGAACUCCAGGCGACUUUAGAGCUUGCCGAAGGGAUGCGUUGGAGACGCUGCUACAACUGUAGGAAUAUGCUGGAAUUGAGAUCUGGAUGCUACCAUAUGACCUGUUUAUGCAAGGCUGAGUUCUGCUACGUCUGCGGAGUGGAAUGGAAGAAUUGCAGUUGUGACAGAUGGGAUGAGGAUAACCUUGAAGAACAAGCCGAACAUCGCGUUGCUAGAGACGUCGGCUGGAUGCCUUUGCCCCCUCAAGAGCGCCAGCAGCGUGUCCGCGCGAUGCGACAGGAAUUACUCGAAACUCACGAGUGCGAUCAUCCUGGCAGAUUCGAGAAAAUUCAGCAUGGAGGAAGACGAGGCUUCCAGUGCGAAAUGUGUGACACUCGCCACUGGAAAUUUAUCCUCCAGUGUCGCCGCUGUCAUAUUCAGUUAUGCCAGGAAUGCCGAUGUAAUCGCGUCAGGUAAUCUCAAGGCUUGAGAGGGCAAAGUUGUAUGACCUGUACUGGCGAGCCAUGCGGGCCGCUAGUCUAUCUCUAUGAGUUAUAAAUACAUGGUCUAGUAGAGAUUCAGCCAUUAUAACUCUCUAUAGAAGAGAACCAGUUGUAAGGUAGCUUAAUUGAAG